UGAUCGACGCUAAGUGAUCAGCACGCGUGGGUCGCUGCGACAGCGAGUUUGCUCGGAACUUUGUCGGGCGUGGACACUAUUCGUCCCAUUUCCUUCGUCGGGAAAUGCGUUCACCGGAUCAGAUUGUCGAUCGUUAACUCAGCCACUACCUAGUGCGAGAUCCGCGAGGAAAGGUAAAAUGUUCCGGUACAAGUGUCGCAUUUUCGGGCUGUUGCUCUACAAGAACUUUCUGGUUCGCAAAAGAUACUGGAAGUCAGCAUUAUUUUUGGAGAUCCUCGCGACUUUGUUCUUAUUUCUCGGCGUCUGGGCCAUGAGAAACAUGGUCCCUUUGCGUGCCUAUGACAGAACAACGGGCAACAGCACGGUGUAUCCAAUCAAAUCAGCAGACGAUUACGUAGACGAGUUAGAGAUACUGCUGGUUGUUCCUGACAAUCAGUUUACGAAGAAUUUGGCAAGGCGAGUUCAAAAGUGCCUUCGCAAGCACGUUCCGACCAUUGGUUUCGACAGCGAAGCGAACAUGAUGGAAGCGCAAAAGACAAAUCGAACGCUUCACAACGCGCUGGGAUUGAUUUUCGACGAUAAAAGCGUGAGUUAUUUGACAACAAACUUGCGCUACAAGAUCGAACUGCCAUGGUCGUUGCCGAGAGCGCUGUACUCGGAUUCGAUGACUGUCGCGAGAGACAGGUUCGAGAACGGGUUCACUGGUCUGUUACUGUGUGUCGAUCAGUCGUUGAUACAAAUCAAGAAAAACGACAUGGUCAAUGUGAAGAUACGCACACAGAGAAUGCCAGAGCCAGCCGAGGGACAGACUAAUAUUUUGGACAUUGGCAUCAGGCGAGCUUUUGCUGGUUUCGCUGUGGCAGCUUUCUUCAUUCCGCUGUGCAUCGAGACUGCCCACGCGUCGAAGGAGAAGUUCCUCGGUAUAAACGUGCUGAUGGCGAUGAACGGUGUACCGAAUCACUUGAACUUGCUCAGUUGGCUUGUCAGCGCUUUGAUUUUCAGCAUGCUUUACAUCACGCCGAUAACCCUGCUGUUGACCUUGUACACCACGGAAGACGUGCCAAUGUCGUUUAUUCACUACGGCAAUCCUUUCAUACUUUGGCUUCUACUUGUCCUGAAUGUUGCUCAUCUCGUCACGUUCGGCAUGCAUGUUUCCGCGUAUUUCACCAGAUCCUUGUUUAUGACCACUGGGCUGCUUAUCUUGUACGUGGGUGCGAUUGUCCUUCAGGAGAACGCUUUUAAGGACUCUGGUUUGAGCGUCGUGCCUUUCUUGGGUGUUUUCAUUCCUGACUUAUUAUUAUUUAGAGGAUUAGAGGAGAUAAACUACUACGAGGAUAUACGUGAGAGAUAUCUAUGUUCACUUUGCGAAUAAAUACUUUGAAAAAAUCCAUUUCUCUCUAGGAAAAGGAGUAGGUUUUGGAAAUUUGUUCUCCACUGCAAAUCGAAAUUAUGAACUACAAGGAAGUGUGGGAA